ACGUCAGCUACUCCCGCUUCGUAAAUUACAAAUUGUUCCGCUUUUGUUUUAAUCGGACAGUUACUAGCGACGGGCGGUUAAUGGAAGCUGCUAAAAUCCAAAUCCCACAUUUUAAUAUUUAGAGUAAAAAUCUGCUCAGAGACAUGGAGGAGCAGCCGCUCAGAGUUUUGGCGUGUGGGGACGUUGAAGGCCGUCUGAACGCUUUGUUCAACCGAGUCCAGGCCAUCCAGAAGAAGACUGGGCAGUUUGAUUUGCUGCUGUGUGUUGGAGAGUUUUUUGGAACAACGCCGGAAGCUGAAGCCGAGUGGCAGCUGUACAAAACCGGAGCCAAGAAAGCUCCCAUCCACACUUACAUCCUCGGAGCGGCAAGCCAGGAAACGGUAAAGAAUUUCCCAAAUGCCGAUGGCUGUGAGCUUGCUGAAAACAUCACAUAUCUCGGCCGGCGUGGUGUGUUUACCGGCGUGUCGGGACUGCAGAUCGCCUAUGUCAGCGGUCAGGAAGCCCGGCAGGAACCGGCGCCGGCUCAUUGCUUCACUUCCAAAGAUCUGGUGGCCCUCAUGACUCCUCUGACCAGCAGCUCCAAAUUUAAAGGUGUUGACAUCUUGCUGACAUCGCAGUGGCCCCGAGGAGUGUGGCACUACGCAAACAACCCGGAAGUGAACACAAAACUUUGUGGAAGCAACUCGAUAGCCAGCCUCGCAGACAAACUGAAACCACGAUACCACUUUGCAGCACUAGAGGGCGCUCACUAUGAAAGACUCCCAUACAGGAAUCACGUUGUUCUUCAAGAAAAUGCUCAACACGUCAGCCGCUUCAUCGCUCUGGCGGCCGUCAACAACCCCGCCAAGAAGAAGUAUCUGUACGCCUUCAACAUAAUCCCCAUGAAGACCAUAGACCCUGCAGAGCUUGUGAAGCAACCGCAAGACGUCACAGAAAACCCGUACAGAUGCCCCACGAAAGACAAGAUGGACACACAAAAGACGGCCUUCAGCGCCACAGAGGAGGAGGAGCCAGCCAAUCAGUACUUCUUCGACCUGAGCAAGAAGCAGGGUGGAGGCUCUCGGGGCCACGGCAGGAAGAGGCACUCUGAUGGAGAUGGGCGAGGGCGAGACCAGCAGCAUCAUCAGGGGCAGCCCAAGCAGCCCCGCCGGCACCCUCAGCCCUCGGGUCCAUGCUGGUUCUGUCUGGCCAGCCCUCAGGUGGAGAAACACCUCGUCAUCAGCAUAGGAACACACUGUUACCUCGCGCUGGCCAAAGGCGGUUUGACUCCUCGCCAUGUGCUGAUCCUCCCCAUCGGACACUACCAGUCGGUGGUGGACCUGAGCUCGGAGGUGGUGGAGGAGAUGGAGAAGUACAAGUCAGCCCUGAGGAAGUUCUACAAGAGCAAAGGAGAGCGCUGUGUGCUGUUUGAGAGGAACUACAGGAGCCAGCAUCUGCAGCUGCAGGUUGUGCCGGUGCCGUUGAACCGCUGUGCCACAGAGGACAUCAAGGAGGCGUUCAUGGUCCAGGCUCAGGAGCAACAGAUGGAGAUGAUGGAGAUUCCUGAACACACUGACCUCAAGCAGAUUGCUCCUCCAGGGACUCCAUAUUUCUAUGUAGAGUUGGACUCGGGGGAGAAGCUCUUCUACCGCAUUCAAAAACAUUUUCCUCUGCAGUUUGGAAGGGAGGUUCUGGCCAGUGAGGCGGUGCUAAACAUCCCGACUCGAGCCGACUGGAAAGAGUGUAAACAAAGCAAAGAGGAGGAGGAGGAGAGCUGCAAACAGCUGAGAGAUGACUUCCAGCCAUAUGAUUUCACCUGGGAUGAAUAAUUUACACACACACACACCUGCACUUGUACAGUUAGCUUUGUGGGGACCAUGGAUGAUGCAAUGUAUUGUGAGGACAGUUGUUGGUAUAAUGCAUUCCUCUUCAUCCAUCCUGAACAUCAAAAUUGAGUCAAACAGCAUUUUUAAUACAAUGUCUUCUUUCUUUUGUUUCUACUUUUUUAUGACAUAUUCACUGUCAUCUUAACUAUAUCAAUCCACUGUUUCGGGUGGAAUGAGAUUGCAUAGAGUUAAAAGUUUAACUUGGUACGGAGAUUGGAUACUAAUUAACAUCUCAUUUGUACCGUGUGUUAGCAUUAGAGUUGAUUUUGUUACCUUUGGAUAAAGCUGUGACCAGUCUUUAUGCUAAGCUAACUGGGUUCAAUUCUCUGGUGUAAUGCUCAGUAAAAAUUUGCAUCAUAUCUCAAACUAUUUUUUUUAAAUCAGAUUUUGUUUUACAAAGCAUCUGUAUUUCUUUUUAAUAGUCACAGUGAGGAAAUGGGAGUAUAACUGUAAACCUCACUGCUGGGCUGUCUGUUUUUAUUUUUGUUUGAAAAAACUUUAUCAACACGCGUGUUAUGGUUUUCGAAAACAGUCUGUAGUAUAGUUUAGGGUUUUUUUUUUCCCCCCCUGCUAGAAAAAAAAUACUUGACAAAAGAGCAGAAAUCUUGAGAUUGAUGAAAUAUUUAAAAUUCUGAACCAGCUCAGAAAUAUUUUCUUAUUUCUACCACACGUAUGGGUAAAGUUACUUUUAAUGCCUCAUUUUUUUGUAAAUAAAAUCA